AUGACGCUCCCUCUCGAUUUUCCUCCAGUUGCCCAGACUUUCGACGACUUCUUAUCGCCUCGGCAGUCGGAUGUUUCCGGGAGUGUGGCGCGACCCAUGCCAAGUGCUCUGAACCAGCCCAACGUCAGCUUCCCGCUCCCGGGCAUGUGGACCCAUGCAGAGCCCCUCAUGCCGGAGCCGACCAUGCCAGCUGUGCCAGACUUCGUGCCUCCAGAGCCCAUGAUGCAUAUGCAGGCGAGCGCACCAUACGCGUGCGCCCCGUACAUGGCGGUGCCCCACCAGCCCUCGCACAUGUGGACCGCACCAGCCCCAGAGAGCAUCAGCAGAGACCUCCCAUCCCUGGGUUCCGCUUCCCACGGGACCGGCCUGUGCAAGCCUUGUGCUUUCCACCAUACCAAGGGUUGUCAGUGCCUUACUCAGCAAACAGUUGAACUUUGUGUUUUCUUUGGGCUUCCUUACUUAGUAGGAAUCAUGACAGUUUAA